AUGGUUUUUCCUGCAACGCUGACACCAGCUCAUCCUGUGUCAUUAAAUGCAACUUUUAUUGUCUAUGAACAUGCACAUGCCAAUAUUACCACUCCGUUGAUCUUGGUCCAUAAGGGCACAGCUCAGCUCCUGAAAUACCAUUUGGGUGCCAUGGUUACUACUGAGAUAGCUCCUUUGACAAUCAAUAGUACACCUGCCCUCCUGUUACAAGGCUUCACAAGCUUGAAUCUACCACUCCAGAUCAUUCUUUCUGCUGCCAUGAUAUUUAUUUUCCUUAUUUCUUUUGUUGGUAAUCUUGUCGUCUGCCUUAUGGUCUAUCAGAAGACUGCAAUGCGAUCUGCAAUUAACAUUCUUCUAGCUAGCUUGGCUUUUGCAGACAUGCUGCUAGCUGUGCUGAACAUGCCUUUUGCUCUGAUAACCAUCAUCACUACGCAGUGGAUUUUUGGGGAUGUCUUCUGCAGAGUCUCCGCCAUGUUCUUCUGGCUGUUUGUCAUCGAAGGAGUUGCCAUACUACUCAUCAUCAGCAUUGACAGAUUCCUUAUAAUAGUUCAAAGACAGGACAAGCUGAAUCCUCGCCGAGCAAAAGUCCUCAUCGCUGCUUCAUGGCUCGUGGCCUUUGUUGUGGCUUUUCCACUCUCUGUGGGGAACCCCAGCUUACAAAUACCUUCCAAAGCACCUCAGUGUGUAUUUGGCUACACAACAGACCCUGGUUACCGCGCCUAUGUAGUGGUGGUGGUUUUGGUCUCCUUUUUCAUUCCAUUCCUCGUAAUGUUAUAUUCUUUUAUGGGCAUCCUCAAUACUGUACGGCACAACGCGGUUCGUAUCCAUAGCCACCCGGAUAGCAUAUGCCUCAGUCAAGCUAGCAAGCUUGGUCUCAUGAGCCUCCAGAGACCCUUUCAGAUGAAUAUUGAUAUGAGCUUUAAAACUCGUGCCUUCACCACCAUAUUGAUUUUGUUCAUUGUCUUCAUAAUUUGCUGGGCCCCCUUCACCGCCUACAGCCUUAUUGCUACAUUUAACAGCCACUUUUAUCACAAGCACAACUUUUUUGAGAUAAGCACCUGGCUCCUUUGGCUCUGCUACCUCAAGUCUGCUCUGAACCCACUCAUCUACUACUGGAGAAUCAAGAAAUUUCAUGAUGCGUGUUUAGACUUAGUGCCCAAGUACUUCAAGUUUUUGCCACAGCUACCUGGUCAAGCUAGAAGACGUAUCCGACCUAGUGCCGUAUAUGUGUGCGGGGAGCACCGGUCAGUAGUGUAAGCCUCGUGGCAAAUGGACACUUAUUCUUUUCUGAUGUAUGCCUGUUUUAGUGGGGUUUUUUAAAUGGCUUCUUUAGCUGUCAGAUUUAUAAUUUUUAGAAUUCACAUUCAACUUGAAGAAGGAGAUAUUUCUUGGGCUUUUCUACCAGAAUGUAACUAUA